UCAGCAUAAUUUUCUCAGCCUCAGAAUUACUUGUACACCUCACUAACUUGCACUUCACAGCUAAUUGAAUGGCUACCAGAAAUCAUCAGCAAUGGUCCAAAACCAAAUUUCCAAAAUCAGUAAAGACCCAAUUCUGAAUUCCUAUCAAGUUCAAUUUUUUUGCAAUAAUUUCUUCUUCAAGGUAAUGUUCUUUUGAUUCUUGACGUAUUAUUGAACACUUGAAGAUUAUAAUGAGUAAUUGCUCCUCUGUUUUAUCUUUGAAAAAUCAAGAAUCUUGUGGGGUUAUUCAAUCAUCAAUGUUUAGUUAAAAUCUGAAUUUUGGGUGUUUCCCCCCCCCCCCAUCCGUUGCUAAGUUUCUCUGAACAAAAUGCCUUAUCUAAAUGUAUGGUCUUCAAGAACAAACUGCCUUAUCUCUGAACAAGAGUUGGCUUCAUCUUCUAGUUCAGUUUUUACAUGGAGGAGAAAUGAAAGUCGGGUUCUUGCAUACUCUGAUCAUGUAUCCACAACUCUUAGGUAUACAAGCAACAAGCCUAAGUUUAGAAAUCAAGAUUUUUGUUUGAGAACAGAAUUCUUUCCUUUUCGCUGCCGAAAGAAGGAUUCUUUUGGCCCAUCUUUUGCUUUGACACAGGCCUCUGAAGAGAAAGCUAUUGAUUGUGAUGUAAGAAAACAAAAUUCACAAUCUUUCACUAGAGGGGAAGGUGGGGUUGAGGGUUUCGAUUGUGUUCAAUUGGAGGAAAAGGGGGACUUAACUCACAAUGCUGAGUAUGAUGAUGAUGGUGAUGUUGGAAGUGAGGAGGAAGAGGCAGGGAGAGUUAAAGGCGAGAAGGUGGAUGUUCGAGCUCUGGCACGGAGCUUGCACUUUGUCAAAACUGCAGAUGAGGUAGAUGAAAUUCUUAAGGAUAAGGUUGAAUUGCCCCUUCAAGUUUACUCAUCUAUGAUUAGAGGUUUUGGUAAAGAUAAGAAGCUGAAUUCUGCUAUAGCACUUGUUGAGUGGUUAAGGAGGAGGAACAAGGAUAAUAUUGGCUCUAUUAGCUUAAAUGUGUUCAUUUAUAACAGUCUUUUAGGCGCCAUAAAGGAGGCGGGGAAGUAUGAUUUUGUUGAUAAAGUCAUGGACGAUAUGAUCUCAGAAGGAGUGCAGCCUAAUGUUGUGACGUACAAUACUUUAAUGAGAAUUUAUAUAGAACAAGGUCGGGAACUUGAAGCUCUCAAUCUUUUCAGACGGAUGCCAAAGAAGGGACUCUCUCCUAGUCCUGCAUCCUAUUCCACUGCCUUGUUUGCUUAUCGGAGACUUGAAGAUGGAUUUGGUGCUAUAACUUUCUUUGUCGAGACAAGAGAGAAAUAUCAAAAUGGUGAAAUUGGAAAUAUUGAGGAAGAAAACUGGGAGUAUGAAUUUGCCAAGCUUGAGAAUUACAUAAUUCGAAUUUGCUACCAGGUGAUGCGGCAGUGGCUGGUAAAGGGUGAAAACGCAAACACCAAUGUUCUGAAACUACUAACGGAUAUGGAUAAGGCUAGGCUCCAACUAAGUCGUGCAGAAUAUGAACGCCUAGUGUGGGCAUGUACCCGUGAAGAACAUCAUGUUGUAGCAAAAGAACUGUAUAAUAGGAUAAGAGAGAUAGAUACAGAGAUUAGCUUAUCCGUCUGCAACCAUAUUAUUUGGUUGAUGGGUAAGGCGAAAAAAUGGUGGGCAGCUCUUGAAAUUUAUGAGGAUUUGUUGGAUAAGGGACCAAAACCAAACAACAUGUCAUAUGAACUGAUAGUUUCUCAUUUUAACAUACUUCUGAGUGCAGCCAGAAAAAGAGGUAUUUGGCGAUGGGGUGUUAGGUUGCUGAAUAAAAUGGAAGAGAAGGGGCUAAAACCCAGCAGCAGGGAAUGGAAUGCCGUGCUUGUUGCCUGUUCCAAGGCUUCAGAAACAUCUGCUGCAGUGCAGAUAUUUAGGAGAAUGGUAGAGAAAGGUGAAAAACCAACAGUUAUCUCCUAUGGAGCAUUGCUCAGUGCUCUAGAGAAAGGUAAGCUCUAUGAUGAAGCCCUUCAGGUAUGGAAACAUAUGAUCAAAAUGGGCAUCGAGCCAAAUUUGUAUGCCUAUACUAUUAUGGCAUCAAUUUACACUGCUCAAGGGAAAUUUAACAUAGUUGAUUCUAUCAUCAAGGAGAUGGUUUCCACUGGAGUUGAGCCUACAGUUGUUACAUUCAAUGCUAUUAUCAGUGGAUGUGCUCGGAAUGGUAUGGGAAGUGUUGCAUACGAGUGGUUUCAGCGUAUGAAAACUCAAAACAUAACCCCCAAUGAGGUUAGCUAUGAAAUGCUAAUUGAGGCUCUCGGGAAUGAUGGCAAGCCGAGGCUAGCAUAUGAGUUGUAUGUGAGGGCUCUAACUGAAGGCCUGAGUCUUUCUACAAAGGCUUAUGAUGCAGUCCUCUUGUCUACACAGGCAUAUGGUGCGACUAUUGAUCUCAGCAUUCUUGGCCCCCGUCCACCAGAAAAAAGGAAAAGAGUGGAAAUCAGGAAAAGCUUGUCAGAAUUCUGUAAUAUAGCUGAUGUUCCUAGAAGAAGCAGGCCCUUUGACAGGGAAGAAAUUUUUACUGCUCAGACAAAAGGAACAUGAUAGCCCAACUUUAAUUUAUAUUGCUUGUGCGUGUAGAUCUACUUCUGAAAACCCAACUCAAAGGUAUACAACUCAGUGUUUAUAUGUUGUGCUGCUUUCAACAAAGAGUAUAUUCUUCCUUUUGUUUGUAAGAUAACUCUGAUUGACUUUAGAUGCAAAAUGAGGCCUCUUCCAUUUACCGUUUACCUCUUAGAAAUUUCCUGGUUUGAAGCAUAUUCGCCUUUUAUCUGGCCAUGUCCAUAUAUCAACCUCUCCAUUGUAAUGUAAUGCCUGCCUCUAUUUCAAUUAUCUCAGAGAAGGGCCCAAAAUGUUACCUAAAGAAAGAAGCUGGAUGUCUGGAAAGUAUCCGCCAAUAUUAAUUGUUUCCUUUUGUACUCUGAAAGUUGAAACUUUUAGAGUCCUUUUGAGUUGUUUCCAUAGAAUUGCAGCCUGACAGGAAGCAUAUUAUAUUCUUCUAGUACAACCACCAAAAAGCUUAUUAGAAUCAAUUCCUUGCGUAGCUUCUUCAGUUGACAAAUGUUUGAUGUAGGUAUUUAUUGAAGAUAAAGUGAAUGUGUGAUGAAGGUAAUAGAAUAAAAAGAGAUCCCCCGCUGGACAUGAAGGUAAUAAGUGUUUGGCGA